CCAAAUCUUUGCCACGAAGUUGGAGGCACAUGAUUGUUUAGAAUGACUUUGUAUGCUGUAGCAUUACAAUUUCCCUUCACUGGAACAUAAGGCGCUUAGCCUAAACAUGUUCCAGCAUGACAAUGCUCUGAGCAGAAAGCGAGGUCCAAAAGUACAUGGUUUGCCAAAGUUGGCUUGGAAGCAUUUGAGUGCCCUGCAAAGAGCCUUGACCUCAACCCCACUGAAUGAAUUGGAAUGCCAACUGCACGCCAAGGUCUCUUUGUCUGACCUUGCCAAUGCUCUUGUGACUGAAUGAGCACAAAUCCCCACAGCAACGCUCCAAAAUCUAGUGAAAAGCUUUCCCAGAAAAGUGGAGGUUAUUAUAACUGCAAAAGGGCCCAAUUCCAUAUUAAUGCCUUGCCUUUGGAAUAGGAUUCAACAAGCACAAUAUGGGUGUCGUGGUCAGGUAUCUACAUACUUUUCACCAUAUAGUGUAUCACUGAUAUCUGAUGUGAACUGGAAGGUUUAGUGGAACUGAGACUACUAGGUGGAAAAAGGAAACGGACUGCACUAAAAGGUUGGGAUUUUCAGAAAACAGUAAAAAGACAGUCUUGCACAGAAAUGUGUGGAAAUUACUGGUAAUUUGUUGCCUUCUAUUAGGGGCAUGUUUCUGUCUAGUGGAUACCAUUAAGGACCAAUAAUGGUAAUGGUAAUUGUUUUAAUGGUUAGCUGAUUGUUUGUAAUGGUAUUUGUAGUGGAAACCAUUGGAAUUUAUGUGAUUUGCAUACUGACAUUUAUUUCCCAGCAGGACCUGAACCGCUCAGAGUCGUGGAAAAGCACCAUACAAAUGUUAACUUUUCACAGGAAUAAUGAAGAUACAGCACCACCCAACAAAUUUGCAUCAGAACUGCUUACCCAAUGUGAUCGAUAAAGCAGCUAGCUGGAAUAAUACCGACUCUGAAGAUUUCCUGCUCGACAUGGAGAAAGGCGGAAUAUCCGCGAUACUGUUUGACCUGGACAACACUCUGGUGGACACAGCAGGAGCGGGACAGCUGGCCUUGCACAAGGUAUGUGAGCUGCUGAGAAGUAAACUGAAGGACACAAACACCAGCGAUAUUUGUAACCGGUUUACCCGUAAACUUUAUGAGGAGAAGUUCGACCCGUCUGCAGGCAUAACUAUAGAUGAUGUUCGGAUAAAUCACUGGCACGAGGCCCUGCAGGAAGCAGGAAGUGUGGAUCCUGGCCGUGCUCUGGCUUCAGACUGCUACAACACUUGGAAAACCACACGUCUCCAGGCUCUAACAUUAUCUCCUGAAGUUUUAGCCUUACUGCGAUAUCUGAAGUGCUCGUACAAACUGCUGCUGCUGACUAACGGUGAUGCCCAGACGCAGCGGGAGAAGCUAGAGGCGGUGAGAUGUGAGGGACUCUUCAGCGCUGUGGUGGUAGGAGGAGAACAUGCUGAGCAGAAGCCUGCAGUCUCUAUUUUCACACACUGCUUUGAGCUGCUGGGAGUGAAGCCACAGGACUGCAUUAUGGUGGGAGAUUCGCUGGACACAGAUAUCCAGGGUGGAUUUGAUGCACGGGUUCGAGCUACAGUGUGGGUUAACAAGAGCAUAGACACUCGUCCAGAGAACAGCGUGACUCCUGAUUUCACCAUUCGCUCUGUGCUGGACUUGCGUAACAUUUUAGCUAAGCUGAAAUGAUAUGUUUUUAAGCUGUAGCAAUAGCCCUAUUUUAGUCUUUGAAACUAUUUUCAAUAUAACAAUUUUGUGCACAUUUUGAUCAAUAUUAGAACUUUUACUGAUUUUGAACAAACACUACUCAAAUGUUAUAGAGUUGCAUGACAUUUUAUUAAUAAUACUUUUAUUGUAAUAA